AUGGAGUUGUACUUGGGGUCUGGCAACCACCAGUUUCUCCGCCUCUCUCGCCUCCUUUUCUUACCAUUCUUCUCUUCUCCAUUAAUAUAUAUACCGUGUAAACCUCCAUGCAUCUUCAUAUACUCUAACUUGAUCUUCUCCUUUGAAGUUUUAACCAUGAAACUAAUACCUACACUGUGUGAUCUCUGCCAUCAGCAACAACCUUCUUUCUACUGUUCUUCCGACUCCGCUUUCCUUUGCUCCGACUGCGAUUCUCAUGUUCACGCCGCCAACUUCCUCGUUGCUCGUCACAUCCGUCUUUCCCUUUGCUCUCACUGCAAAUCCUUCCAUGACAUGAAUUCCUCCUCUUCAUCUUCGUCUUCAUCUUCAUCUUCAUCUUCAUCUGCAUCUUCCUCUUGUAUCUCGGGUAACAACUGCUCCACCAAGAUGACGACCAUGGUUUCCGACUGGAAGACGAGGGAUUUGCUGGUAAAUUGGUGUACGAGGCUCGGGGUUAGUGGUGGCGUGAGAGAGGUGGCGAGGCUUGCUUUUGAAUCGUGGUUGGCGUAUAGGUGGGUAUGGCCGUAUCGGGUGGGGUUGGCUGCUUCCCUUUGGCUGGGAAUGAUGAGAUGUACAAAGGACGAUGAGAAGAAGAGGAUAAGAAUGCGUAGCUUACUGAGCAAGUUAGAGGAGAUCUCCGGUGUGCCGGCGAGGUCGAUAGUGGUGGCGGAAUCAAAACUUGCGAGCAUGUUGAAGAUGAUGAAGCAUCGGCGAGGCCAGCAACAUGAUGAGGAGUCUGUGGAGGAGGGCUGGGCUGAAUGCUGAAUUAAACUGGUUGAUAGAAUUGCCGUAUAUGGUAUACAUGCGUGUAAAAUGGAGAUUUGGUUUGUAGCAAGAGAUUAAUACUGAAUUAAUUAAUUAAUAUACCUUCAUCUUGUAGUA